UAUGGUCAAAAGUCAUGGCGUUACUUAUCAAAAUAUACAGUAAUUUUUUCAAACAAACAAUAACUAAAUUAAUUUUUACUCUUAAGCGAACUACGGUGUAUAUUUUAAGAGUUUUUUUCAGUGGCAAAAUUACAGGUAUGGAAGAUUCAAAUCAAAUGGAGGAACUAAAAUAUGAUAGUUCCGAUUCGUCUGAUGAGAAGGAAUCUGCCAAUUAUGUGUUGUAUAAAAAUCGACCUGAAUGGAAGGAUGUGCAACCAGUGCCACAGGAUGAUGGUACAGGACAUGUAGUUAAAAUAGCAUAUUCUGAAAAAUUUACAGAUGUUUACAAUUAUUUUAGAGCUAUUCUCCAAUCAGGAGAAAAAUCGCUCAGGUCUCUUGAAUUAGUCACAGAUGCCAUUAGUUUGAAUCCAGCUAACUAUACUGUUUGGAUUUACCGACUUGAAAUUGUGUUAAAUUUAGAUAUAGACCUGCAUACAGAAUUAGACUACAUCUCAAAUGUAAUUCGUGAAUAUACUAAAAAUUAUCAAGUAUGGCAAUAUCGUAAGAAUAUAGUUGAGUUAUUGAACGAGCCAUCUAAUGAACUUGAAUUCACUGCUGAGAUUUUAGUAAUGGAUGCCAAAAAUUACCAUGCGUGGCAAUACAGACAAUGGGUUCUUACCACUUAUAGUAAUUUAAUGGAAAAAGAAUUGGACUUUGUUGAGGAUUUAUUAUCAAAAGAUAUGCGAAAUAACUCAGCAUGGAAUCAGAGGUACUUCGUAAUUUACAAUAGUGAUCCAUCUUCUGAAACUAUUGAGAAAGAAUUGAUCUAUACAUUUAAUAAAAUUAAGAUUCUAUCAAAAAACGAAAGUGCUUGGAAUUACUUAAGAGGACUAUUGUUGUAUUCAGAAAAUGGAAUAUUAGAAGAAAAAGUACGGGCAUUCUGUAAUCAACUAUAUAAAAGUGGUAACAGAUCACCAUAUUUAUUAUCAUGUAUGAUUGAUUGGCUCGAUGCUGAUGAAUCAACAGACCCGGAUAAUGUUGAAAAAGUAAAAUUUGUUUUAAAAUUAUGUUUUGAAUUGGCAACAAAAUUUGAUCCAAUUCGACGAUUCUAUUGGGCAUACAUUUCCAGUGAUAUCCAAAAAAAAUAUAAUAUUAUAGAUCAUGAUACUAAAAUCAAUGUUUUAGAAGAGACAUUCAAUGAAAUGAGUUAUAACGAUUAAUUUAUGUAAAAAUUAAUUAUGCAUUAUUUGGAUAGCUGAGUGAUUUAUAAUAAAAUACUAAUUGCUAAUAUGUCAUUUGAAGAAAAUAU